UAGAGGAGUCAAUGUCUCAUCUGGAUGGGCGGUCGGGCACUUUAGCAGGGCAAGCGCCCGCCAUUAAUUUCCCCUCAUCUUCCCUAAACCCUCUCCCUCUCUCUCUCUCUCUCUCUCUCUCUCUCUCGGAGACUCGAGGAUCUCGAGGAAGGGCGAAGCCGUAGCUUCGACCUGGCUCGCCCGCGCUUCUCUUUCUCUUGGAUUCUAGCUGGUUCACUUUGAUCUUUUUUCUGAAGAUAGGAUCGGAAUCGGUUCUCUUUCUUGAUUCGGAGGGCACGUUUCUUAGAUUUGGCGACUGGAGAUCUGUACGGCGAGGCAGAUCUCGCGUGUGGUCGGCGUCGCCUUUUCCCACUCGUAUUCUUGUGUGUUGAGGUUUAAAGGGCGUCGAAUUGGGGGUGGGUGGGUGGUCGGGGAUUGUUGCAGUUUGGGGAAGAACGUCUGGUGGCCGGAUCCGGUGGUAUUGGUUGCGGAUCUGGCGGCGGACUCCUCUCGUUUGGUUGCGCAUCUUUGUUCAGGUUCUUGUUGAUGGGGAACUGCUGGAGCGCGAGGAUCAAGGCGGAGAGCCCCUGCCACAGCGCUUCAGCUUCAGGUGUAAACUCUAGGAAUAAUAGCAAAGACGGAAAUGGGUUGAUGAGUGGUUCUAGCAGCCGGGCAUCCUCAUCUUCCGUGGCUCUGACUUCUCGUAGCGAGGAUGAGAUCUUGCAAUCUUCCAAGCUGAGGUGCUUCACCUUCAGUGAUCUCAAAACCGCCACCAGGAAUUUCCGCCCCGAUAGCGUAUUGGGAGAGGGGGGCUUCGGUUCUGUCUUCAAGGGAUGGAUCGAUGAGCAUGCAUUGACAGCAUCCAAGCCUGGGACUGGGAUGGUCAUCGCUGCGAAAAGGCUCAACCAUGAAGGUUUCCAGGGUCAUAGGGAAUGGUUGGCAGAAGUCAAUUACCUGGGUCAGCUGUACCAUCCCAAUCUUGUGAGAUUAAUCGGAUAUUGCUCGGAGGACGAACACCGCCUGCUGGUCUACGAGUUCAUGUCACGCGGAAGCUUGGAGAACCAUCUUUUCAGAAGGGGGUCAUACUUCCAACCUCUACCUUGGAACCUUCGAAUGAAGGUUGCACUUGGAGCUGCCAAGGGACUGGCUUAUCUUCAUGGUGCCGAAACAAAAGUCAUAUAUCGUGACUUUAAGACUUCCAAUGUCCUCCUUGAUUCGAACUACAACGCAAAGCUUUCUGAUUUUGGAUUGGCAAAGGAUGGUCCUACUGGUGACAAGACCCAUGUCUCUACCAGGGUUAUCGGGACAUAUGGAUAUGCGGCUCCCGAAUAUCUUGCAACUGGUCAUCUAACUGCCAAGAGUGACGUGUUUAGCUUCGGAGUCGUUCUUCUAGAAAUGUUAUCCGGACGACGUGCCAUCGACAAGAAUCGCCCACCUGGAGAGCAUAAUCUGGUAGAAUGGGCAAGGCCUUACCUCACGCAUAAACGCAAGAUAUUUCGCGUCUUGGAUACCCGGCUCGAGGGGCAGUAUUCGCUAGCAGCAGCACAGAAGGCUGCUGCACUUGCAUUACAUUGCCUAUCCACAGAAGCCAAGUUCAGACCCACCAUGGAUGAAGUGGUAUCAACGUUGGAACAGCUUCAGGACAACAAGGACGCUGCAAAACAUUCUCAGUCUGAACCAAAAGCGAGUUCUAGGAGCCUUGGGAGCAGCGGCCACAAGCUGGGCCAUAGAAGUUUGGAAGAGGCUGGGACUAGAAAAGUUGCAUAUCCGAGACCAUCGGCUUCACCUCUUCGUUCCUAGCCGAGCGAUCCAUGGUGGGGGUGCCGAAGGCUUCUGGAGGAUCGGGUAAUACUUGAGCUCAGUUGUUGUAAUUAUAUGCCUAUGUGUUAUUAUUGUAUAGCUACUUGGUGCUACUCUUCUUAUACUGUAUGAUGUAUCAGAAAGGUAUUUCACCAUCACCACUACAGGAGACGUCUCGGAUCAGAAUGUCAUGACUACCAGGAGCUUAUAAUGUUAGAUAUAUAUACUCGGCAGAUGAAAGAGUUUUUGUUCCUCUCUUAUCUGGGGCUGACCGUUCUCAGUUA